AUGCCCAGUGCUGGGGGGAAGCGAGGGGGUAGGAGGGGUUGUGUGCUACAGUCAGCCGCAUGGAGGUGCAAUGAGUUGGUCCACGAGUCACUAGGCACCCCAUGCCCCAGUUCAGAAGUCUCCCCAUCACGCUGCAUUCCCCAAAAUUUUACCUGCCAGGUGCAUCAGGUGCACAAUCUUGUCUCUGCCAUAUCCACGGAAACGCUCGUCAUACCAGGGAACAUGCUCUCGCAGGACCAGUAUGUAGGGCUCGUAGCCCUGCAAUGCAGGCACAGGGGUUGGAUCAUGAUCUGCACGCAUAUCAGGGAGGUAGUUUCUGGAGCAUAG